AUGCCGUCGACUCUCCAGCUGACAGCCCUCCCAGCCGUCUCCCUCCCCCUCGCCCCCCGCCGCCCCUUCGUCUCCGACAUGUUCAACCGCUUUCGCAAGCGCCAAAAGGACGAAAAGCCCAGAAACGACCCCAACGCGCCGAAGCCCAAGAACCCGCUGCUGGAAAGAUACCUCCGCGAAAAGCCCACCGCCCAGGCCUCGGGCCAGCCGCAAGUGAAGCAGGGCUCCCUCUCCUCCGACUCCAUCUUCACCGAAGCCGAGCGCGCGCCGACGGCGCCUGCCGCUGCCGCUGCCGCCUCAGCCCCGAAGCGUCACGAAGCCCCCAUCACGGAGCUAUACCCCGGCCGCGACCCGGCUGCGAUGGCGAUGGCGCUGCACCCGGACCCGCGGGGCGACGCGCGGUGGGCGCGCAAGAUGGUGAUUCGGGAGACCAAGUACCGGGGGCGGGUGCAGCGGGCAGUCGCGCUGAAGCGCAUCGAGCGCGAGCAGCUGAUGCAGUCUGGCCAGAUCAAGACGUCGGUCAAGAAGCUGGGCAUGCUGGCCCGCCAGAUCCAGGACAAGCCCAUUGAGGAGGCCAUCCUGCAGAUGCGCUUCAGCAAGAAGAAGGCCGCCAAGAAGGUGCUCGAGCACCUCGAGUACGCCCGCGACUACGCCGUCGUCUCGCGUGGCAUGGGCCUGGGCGAGGCCCAGGGCACCAAGGGCGAGCCGGUGGAAAUCGAGUUGAAGGAUGGUCGUAGGAAGCUUGUUGAGGAUAAGACUGGCAUCUACGUCGACCAGGCUUGGGUCGGAAGGGGCACGUACGGCAGGGCGUGGGAUGUCAGGGCGAGGGGCAGGGUGAAUAUUCUGCGGUUACCGACGACGAGCAUUUCGGUGCUCUUGAAGGAGGAGGCGACGCGCAUAAGGCUGUCCGAGGAGAAGCAGCAGAAGCGUGCUAACCGUAAGGUAUGGACACAGCUGCCUGACAGGCCAAUUCAACAGCAACGCCAGCACCUGCUGUGGUAA